AUGUUCCGAACAGCAAUCCGCCAAACCGCCCAAAAGGCAUCCUCAUCAACAGCAGCAGCCUCGAAGUCCAGCGAGCUCCCCCAAGCCUUUGUCAAACUCCCCCACAUCAGCCCGGCCCUCCUCACACAGUACCCAGCCAAGAAAACAUGGCCUCCGGAUUUCAAGACCAUGAGCCCGCAGGAACAGCUCAAGUACGAGAAGCGGUAUAAGAGGAAGAUUCACCACAUUGCGCAGAGGCCCAAGUGGAAUAAGAUGGUGCAGUUGGCGCAGUUGGGGACUAUCAGUUUUGUCCUCAUUUACUGCCUCCUGUUUGCGGAUUGGAAGGAUGAGAGACAGCCUUUUUACGAAUUCCGAGAAUGGUUCUGGAACUCACUCGGCUUCAAAUAUGAAGCUCCUAGGCCCGUUCCGAAAGUUCAGUCUCAGGAAUCACAGACUAGUGUCCAAGCCGGGUCCCGUACUCGGCAGAUGUAG